AUGCAUAAUCAUCUAUCGGGAGCCGAACCAUUUCCGGUUCCAAGACCGUCGCCGCUGUCAUCCGAGAAAGAAACUGAGGAUCAAUCAACAAACAAAGCUCCUCAAAGUUGUGUCAUCCUUACCUAUGACGCCAACGUAGCAGAAUCCUCUCGCCUCGUAACAGUGACAUGGAACAAAAACCUUAUGAACUAUUCUCUUACAAUUAGCGUUGAAAACUUUUCAAAUGAAAAUCCUUACAUUUGCAAGAUUGAUUUAAAGGGUUGGCAGUUUUGGGGAAGAAAAGGUAUAAAAUCCUUCCAAGUUGAUGGAAAACGAGUAGAAAUUUACUGGGAUUUUCGACAUGCAAAAUUUACGAACAAUCCUGAGCCUUCCUCGGAUUAUUAUGUGGCUCUAGUUUAUGAUGAAGAGGUUGUCCUAAUGCUCGGAGAUUUAAAGAAAGAUGCUUACAAAAGAACUAAAAAAAGACCAUCGUUGAUAGAACCAAUAUUGUUGUGCAAGAAAGAAAAUGUUUAUGGGAAGAAAAUAUUUUGCAGCAAAGCAAUGCUACACAAUGAGAAGAAAGAACACGACAUUGUCAUAGAAAUGUCAUCAGGGAUUGGUGAUCCUGAGCUGUGGAUCAGCAUUGACAGCUUUGAGGUAAUUCAUGUAAUGAAUUUGAAUUGGAGAUUUAGAGGGAAUGAGAAAGUGACUAUGGUGGACGAUGUGGUGGUAGAGAUUUUCUGGGACGUCCAUGAUUGGUUGUUUAAUAGCUCAGCAUCAGCAGCCAUGCAGGGCAAUGGGUUGUUCAUUUUCAAGCCUGGAUUGGCAGGUUCUGACUCUAAGAUUAAUCCAAAAGGAGAUGAUGGUAUUGGUGUGAGGUAUGAUUCGCCAGCAGAGAGGAGUGCUUCAGAGUUUUUUCAUGUGAUUUACGCUUGGAGAAUUGAUUAA